ACCAAACUGGAUAGUUUGACCCUGCCCCUUGGCCUGUCUGUUGUUUAUUUUGCAAGAGAGCCUUAGUAUGUAACUUUAAGAAUCCUCAAAAGAACUUAGGGUCAUAAAGUCGGCUGCCAGUCUCUGAUAGAAGGAAGUGGAACAUUAACCAAUGGUGUAGUCCAAGGAUCAAGCAAAGUGUUCUUUUGAGUUUUGAAUGGACUUUCUUUCUGUGUGUCUGUGAUACUUGAAGCAGCUUUCAGGGACUGGAAAAGAGAGAGUGCAGCACUGAUUUAUGAGUGCAACUCCGGCUUGUGAAGGUUCAAUUUAUGAAGUAAGGAAGAAACACCAGACAAGAUGAAAGUUCAAGUGAAGUCCCAGAAAUCUUGGAUUGAAGGUGUCUUCAGUAAAAGAGAAUGUGCAAAAAUUGUACCCAGCUCAAAAGAUUCUCACAGAUGUUUUCAACAUUCACGUUACCAUCAAUCCAGUGGACCACUGUACAGAGGUUCUGCAGGAUGUCAAGUAUGCCAGAAUCUAAUUCGAUGUUGUUGUGGUCGGCUAAUUGGUGAUCACCAUGGGGUAGAUUAUGGUUAUCCUGUAUUUCAGUCCGAAAAAGAAAAACAUAAUGUGGAAUGGUCUGUUGAAAGAGAUACAAAGAUUAGUCCAACUGAUGCAUUUGGUACAAUCAAUUUUCAAGACAGUGAUCACACAUACCAUGCCAAGUAUAUCAGAACCUCUUACGACAUAAAACUAGAUCAGCUGUUGCAGCUCAUGAUUAAAGAAUGGCAGAUGGAAUUUCCCAGAUUGGUCAUUUCGGUUCACGGUGGUAUCCAAAACUUCAAACUUCCAUCUAAACUGCUGCAACUUUUCAGCAAAGGAUUGGUCAAAGCUGCUGAAACUACAGGAGCUUGGAUAUUAACAGAAGGAAUUAACACCGGAAUAUCUAAGCAUGUGGGAAAUGCAUUGAAAUUCCAUGCCUCUCAAUAUUUAAGAAAGAUCUGUGCUAUUGGAAUUUCUCCUUGGGGCAUCAUUGAAAAUCAGAAAGAACUUAUUGGCAAAGACGUAGUCUGCCUGUAUCAGACACUUGGAAAUCCCCUUAGCAAGCUGAGCACCCUCAACAGCAUGCAUUCCCAUUUCAUACUGGUUGAUGAUGGCACAGUGGGCAAGUAUGGCAGUGAGAUGAAACUCAGGAGAAGUCUGGAAAAGUAUCUAUCACUUCAAAAAAUACAUACCAGAAUGGGACAAGGUGUGCCCUUAGUUGGGCUAGUGGUAGAAGGUGGUCCCAAUGAAAUCCUGACAGUCUGGGAAUAUGUCAGGGACACACCUGCUGUUCCAGUAGUGAUAUGUGAAGGAACUGGAAGAGCUGCAGACCUUCUUGCAUUCACUUAUAAACACACCGCAGAUGACAGAAACUGGAACACUCAACUUAAGGAAAAGAUAUUAUUAAAGAUUAAAAAUAGCUUCAGUUUUGGACAAAAGCAGUCCCAUCACUUGUUCAAAAUUUUAAUGGAAUGUAUGGAACAUAGAGAUUCUAUAACAAUAUUUGAUGCUGAAUCAGAGGAACAUCAGGACAUGGAUCUCUCAAUCCUGACUGCACUCUUGAAAGGCACACAUAUGUCUGCUCCAGAUCAGCUCAAUCUGGCUCUGGCUUGGAACAGAUUGGACAUUGCUAAAAAACAUAUAUUGGUUUAUGGACAACACUGGAAGGUUGGCUCCCUUGAACAAGCAAUGCAGGAUGCCCUUAUUAUGGAUCAGGUAGAAUUUGUGAAAUUGCUAAUAGAACAUGGUGUGAAUCUACACCGCUUCCUUACGAUAUCCCGACUGGAAGAACUAUACAAUACUAGACAAGGGCCAACAAACCUACUUUUGCAUCAUCUUCUUUGUGACGUGAAACAGAGUACUCUUCCCGUGGACUAUAAAAUAUUGUUGAUUGAUAUUGGAUUGGUUAUAGAAUACUUGAUUGGUGGAGCUUAUCAGAGCAGCUACACAAGAAAACAUUUCAGAAUUUUAUACAAUAAUAUUUACAGGAAACAUAAGAAUCAAGACGUUGCCUCCAGGCUGGCGCAGAACCUCUCGCUUCAUCAAGUUAAUCAGACUGGGAGUCGAAGUGGACCUGCUGAAAAUACUUUGCAUUUCCAGUUUAUUAGAACAGCUCAGCCAUACAAAUACAAAGAAAAAUCAACAAAUUUCCAUAAAUCUAAGGAGAAGAUCAAAGAUGAAUUCACCGUAUUUGAUGAUCAAGAGUCAGUUGGUUUUAUUUACCCCUACAAUGAUCUCUUGGUUUGGGCAGUUUUAAUGAAAAGGCAGAAGAUGGCUAGGUUCUUCUGGCAGCAUGGAAAGGAAGCAAUGGUGAAGGCUGUGGUAGCUUGCAAACUCUAUAGAGCCAUGGCACGUGAAGCCAAACAAUGCAACAUGGAGGAUGAUACAGCCGAGGAACUGAAGAAGUAUUCAAAUGAGUUUGGGCAGCUUGCUCUAGAUGUGUUAGAUAAUGCAUUCAAACAAAAUGAGCAGAUGGCCAUGAAGCUGUUGACAUAUGAGUUGAAGAACUGGAGUAACUCAACAUGUCUGAAACUGGCUGUGUCAGUGGGUUUGAGACCUUUUGUGUCUCACACAUGCACCCAGAUGCUGUUGACUGAUAUGUGGAUGGGGCGUCUAAAAAUGAGAAAGAAUUCCUGGUUUAAGGUGAUUCUAAGUAUUCUUCUACCUCCCACCAUCUUGAUGCUGGACUUUAAAAGCAAGGCUGAAAUGUCCCAUGUCCCCCAGCCCCAGGAGCCCCACCAAUUCACAUGGUACCAUGGUGAUCCCAACACCACCAGUGGAAAAGAUAACUUAUCAUUGAACAAUUAUGAUUUUGAGAAAGAGGUUGAGAAGCAAGCUGAAAAACCGACUUACCCCAACAACAAUGAACCACAAAGCCUUCUUGGAACAAGGAAGAUCUAUGAAUUCUACAACGCCCCUAUUGUCAAGUUCUGGUUCCAUACGAUGGCCUAUUUAAUCUUUCUCAUGCUGUUUACUUACACAAUCUUGGUGAAGAUGAAACCAACCCCCAGUGCUCAGGAAUGGCUUGUGAUCAUCUACAUUUUUACUACCUCCAUUGAGAAAGUCAGAGAGAUUUUUAUUUCAGAGCCAAGCAAGUUCAUCCAAAAGGUGAAAGUAUGGAUUUAUGAAUACUGGAAUUUUACAGACUUUAUUGCUAUCAUCCUGUUCAUGACCGGAUUUGGUUUGCGCUGGGCUAAUCCUCCACUUCAAACAAUAGGAAGGUUAAUUUAUUGUUUGGAUAUAAUAUUCUGGUAUGCUCGACUUCUUGAUUUUUUUGCUGUGAAUCAGCAUGCUGGCCCCUAUCUGACAAUGAUAGGCAAAAUGACAGCAAAUAUGUUUUAUAUUGUAAUUAUGAUGGCCAUAGUGCUAUUAAGUUUUGGCGUUGCACGAAAAGCCAUACUUUCUCCAAAUGAGCAGCCAUCAUGGACUCUUGCACGAGAUAUUGUAUUUCAGCCAUAUUGGAUGAUAUUUGGUGAGGUAUAUGCGGGAGAAAUUGAUGCUUGUGAAUUAGAUGAAAACUGUCCUCCAGGUUCAUUCCUCACCCCAUUUCUUCAAGCAGUGUACCUCUUUGUACAAUACAUCAUUAUGGUCAAUCUACUUAUUGCUUUCUUCAAUAAUGUUUAUUUUGAUAUGAAGUCUAUGUCAAACAAACUCUGGAAAUACAACCGUUACCGCUAUAUCAUGACAUACCAUGAUAAGCCAUGGCUGCCCCCACCUUUCAUCAUAUUGAGCCACAUUGGCAUUGCGCUAAAUUGCCUUUGCAACCGCCGGUUCCCAAGUGAAAUGGAUCAAGAGGAGAAGGAGCAUGUUGAACUCAAAUUUUCAAAAUCUACUCAUCUCUGUCAGUCAGUAUGGGCCAAGGCAAAAUUUGGAAACAAAGAAAGGAGAUCUUCAAGAAAAAAGCGAAAAACUCUUCAAGUUCCAUUGAUUACAGUAGAUAGUUGCCCUCAGAACAUCCAAGUGAAUUUGGAACUGCUUGACAGUAAACCUGCUGAAGACAAACAGGAACGCAGGGCCAAAUUGCUGACCGUGUCUCACUUCAAGCAACUGAGUUUAGAUCAUAUCAACUGUAUGCAUCAGGAAAUGAAAAAUCAAGAACUAGUGAGGCAAACAGUGCAAAUCUGUGACUACCUGAGACAAUCGCAAGAGGAUUUAAAUAACAGCAUUGCUUGGACUAGGGAGAAUAGAAAGAAUAAUCUGAGCAGAAGCUACUCGUUGAGAAGUUUAGAUGGAGAUGGCAAUAUCUCACUCUGCUUAAAACCCCCUCAAGAUUUGCACCAUCAUUACUCAGCUGUUGAAAGAAACAAUUUAAUGAGGCUGGCUCAAACCAUCCCUUUCACACCAGUGCAGUUUUUUGCUGGAGAAGAAGUAACGAUUUAUAGACUGGAAGAAAGUUCACCUUCGAACCUUGAUAAAAGCAUGUCCUCUUGGUCCCAGCACGGCAUGGCUGCCAUGAUUCAAGUUUUGUCUCAGGAGGAAAUGGAUGGAGGGUUGAGGAGAGCCAUGAAAGCUCUCUGCACCUGGUCUGAAAAUAAUGUGCUCAAGUUAGGUGAAGUUUUCAUUGUAAAAUCUUUCCUUCCUGAAGUUGUUCGGACUUGGCAGAAGAUCUUCCAUGAAAGCACAGUCCUUCAUCUGUGUCUCAGAGAAAUACAGCAGCAAAGGGCAGCUCAGAAAUUGAUAUAUACCUUCAAUCAAAUGAAGCCCCAUAGCAUUCCAUAUACUCCCAGAUUCCUUGAAGUCUUUUUAAUUUAUUGCCAUUCAGCCAAUCAGUGGCUGACAAUAGAGAAAUACAUGACAGGAGAAUUCCGCAAGUACAAUAACAACAAUGGGGAUGAAAUCACACCUAGCAAUUUGCUGGAAGAAGUUAUGCUGGCUUUUUCUCACUGGAGUUAUGAAUAUACCCGAGGAGAACUUCUUGUAUUAGAUUUGCAAGGUGUUGGAGAAAACCUCACAGAUCCAUCUGUUAUUAAACCUGAAGACAAACAAGAGAUGGCCUUUGGACCGGCAAACCUUGGAGAAGAAGCCUUCAAAAACUUCAUUUCAAAGCAUUGCUGCAAUUCUUGUUGCAGGAAACUCAAACUUCCUGAUUUGAAAAGAAAUGAUUAUGCAUCUGGGAGGAUCAAUCCAGCUUUUGAAAUUGAAACUGAAAUACCAAUGGUAGCAGCAGAUGAGGCUACAAGCAAUAGGAACGAUGAACCACUGGAAUAUUAUACUCGGCUGUGAAGCAAGAGCUGCUAAUUUUAGCAUUAGAAUUUUUUUUCCCUAAAGGGCCAACUCCUAGGAGCCCCGCUACCUCCAAUGUCUGUACUGUUCUAGAAUAAAGAAAUAAAUACCAUUAAUGUGAAAGUGUUUUCAAAUGAAUUCUUUCUAAAAUAAGGAAUCUCCUCUGUUUUUAAAGGAUAUUCACCAAAGUCACUGGAGUAAUUGAAAAUAUGCCAGUGCUCCAAUUUAUGAAUGUUUAAAAGUGUCACUUAAAAUAAGAAAAGUUCCAAUGGUUUUGAGAAAUUGGAAGAUUUCCUAGAAACAAAUUCAAAGAAAUCCUCCAGAUGGCAACCAGAAAUAUUCAGUCCUGGUCAAAGGUGGUCAAACAUGUUGACAAAAUGGCCAGAUAAAAAUUGAGGGUCCAAUUUUCCAAGAAAAGGCGUUCCAAAGUCCAGGAGCUAUAUCAGAAAAGGUCACCUGCAUUUAUAUUUUAUGAAUGUUUUUUUCAUCUUUUUACUUUAAUGGAGUAUCCUAUAAUUAUGGCUGGAAAUUUUAAGAAAGUUUUGAGUGUUUGGGCUGACCAUGGCUUUACUUCAAAAGUAAGUUCUGAUCACAUACAUGGAAAAUAUUUAUUAAAUUAAAUCUGGUGGCUAUCUGUUAACGUUUGAACUCAUUCCAAUAAGAAUGUACUUACCCCCCAGUUUCCCAUCAGACCUGUUCCUAAUAUUUUUUGUAUCUAGAUUUUCAUUGUUUAUGUGUGUAUCUAUGUAAAUA